AUGGCAGGUCUGCGACUUCUGCUGCUCGUGGCGUGUCUUUUCUACCAAGCUGUCGCUUACGUCCACGCCAACCCCGCUGCUGCGCUGAAUCGGGCGUCUAUUUACCAAGAGCCGUUCGUACGCGUCGUUGGAUCCGGUUACGAUCCGUCGACAGGCGUCUACGUUCAUGAUUAUGGACGAGACGGCAUUCGGGCUCUUGGUGAUAGCCUCGUCAUCACCGACUCUGCCUAUCCAUUGAACCCACUCGCGUUCCAGCCGCGGGUCGAUAACUUCUACUCGGCUUCGCACCAUCCCCAUAGUUCGCACGGACGCACCGAUGAUUCAGAAAUCGGUCAUGAACUUCCGAGCCAUGAUCCCGUAGGGCAAGGAACUUAUCACGUCGGGGACGGAAUAGUUCCCGGCACCAUCCAUCACGAUCACGGACACCACGACCACGGUCAUGAUCACGGUCAACACCAUCAAGGUCCACAGGACCUUUUCAAUACUCCCGGACUCCAGCACGGAGCCGACAAUCAGGACGUCCAGAAACCUCGAGACCCAGUCCCUGAAUUCCGCGGUCAUUCCCACGAGGAUAAUCCGGGUCCGCAGCAAUUCUUCCACCAGGGAAGCUCCAACCUACCCCGGGAGCCCAUCGGGUCGCUUCGAUGCACCGGCGAGGGACUUUUCCGACAUCCCAACGACUGCACGAAAUUCUAUCGCUGCGUGAAUGGGGGCGACCUCUUCCUGCAAGCUGUUGAGUUCAAUUGCGCGCCUGGGCUCGCUUUCGAUGAAAUUUCCGCCGCGUGUACUUGGCCGGAAAACGUUUAUUCUUGCAAUCAGUUCUCGGCGAGCCCUUCGGAGUUCGUGAAUCGCAGGCAGACACCUCCUCCGACGGCGAGGCCAACGCUGCCUCCCACAACUGUCGCCACCCUCCCGCCACGAACCCUCGCGCCUCCAACCCGGCCUCCCAUCGCGGUGCGCGAUGAUUCCGAAGACCCGCGGUGCGUCCGGGACGGUCUCAUACCCGCUCCGGAGUGCAGCAGACGAUUCUAUCGUUGCGAGUCCUUGCCGAACGGUGAUUUCCGACUACACAAGUACACCUGUUACGACGGGAUGGUUUUCGAUCCGCAAAUCCCGGGUUGCAUCGAGAUCGAUAGCGUUCCACAGUGCCGUCGUCCGUCGCUCCCGGAAAAAGUUCCGACAACCACUGCGAGCCCCACACCGUCCCUGCGGAAUCCGGCCGAGGAACCGUCGCAAGUUAUCACCGCAAAAAAAGUCAUGAAAAACUGUAGUCCAGAGUUCGAGGGCGACAAAUGUACUCCGUUCUAUAAGUGUCAGAUGGUUCAGCCGAAAAGACGUGGGAAGACGUUCCGAUUCGAGUGUCCGUUGGAAUUGGUUUUCAACGAGCAAACUCAAGACUGUGCCUAUCCCUCUGAGGUUGAAGGUUGCAAAGCUUUCAUUCAUGACGACGGCACCGAGUCACGGAAGCCAACGAAAAGCGUGCCCGAAUCGAACGUCGUGGCGUUCCCCUGCGUCCGGGAGGGUUUCUUCAAGGAUGCUCAGAACUGCUCCCGAUUCAUUCGUUGUUUCUACAUAGCGAAUUCCACGAGUGUUCUACGAGCGGCUCGCUUCGACUGCCCUCGUGGGUUGGUUUUCGACCAGAGUGCGGGCUCCUGCAACCACGCUGGUCUCGCACCCGGUUGCUCCUCGGCGGUCGAUCACUCGAAUGAGAUUCUCACGAUGAAGUGCGAGUUCGAUCCUGUCUAUCAAGAUCUCUGUACUCCGUUCUAUAGAUGUUUCGAUGAUAAUCGUAGACCCAUGCGUUUCUCGUGUCCUAAGGAUCUCGUCUACGACGUCUCCACUCAGAAAUGUAAUUAUCCGAACCACGUUGCCGAAUGCCGGACACCGCCGCCACCGAAGACCGAAGCGACGCCCGCCGGUCGCUUCUGCUCGGAAGACGGCUUCAUUCGGAGUUCGACGAACUGUUCUCUUUUCUAUCGAUGCACUCGCUUGAAUAAUCAGACCGAAGAUUUCAGCACCCAUCUCUUCUCAUGUCCGACCGGUCUUGCGUUUGACUACACGAUCGAUGCUUGUAACUACGAAUCUCUGGUCAGCGAUUGCGGCGGGAAUGUUAUCCCCGACACGCGGAAGAGGGCUGCCUUCUCCCAAACGCCAUCCACUUACGAUUCUAAACGGCAGCUUAAUCCCGACCAGGGUCAGGUAUUCGAUGACUUGAACCUGCAGAGAGUUCCUCCGCCCUCGAGACCGAGGGUACCUGCUCGGACUCCGCCGCCACCGGCUGAAUCUGCGUUCGGCGAAGAGACCGUGAUUCUCACGCCGCCACGACGCCAAGCCGUUUCUGAUGAGUCUGGUUUCUCAUUCAGACCGGGUUCGGCCGUUUCUGGAGGAAGCACCGGAAGUGUCUCUCAGCCCACGAGGCCGGUAAAACAAAAGCCUUCUCGGAGACCUCCGGUGGGCGAUAUUCCCUCGGGGAGCUUCGAUUUCAAACCUGGAACGGCGACUAGCCAAGUUCCUCAAUCUCCGGUUCAUCGAACCACGAGAUCCCCUCUCCCAGUCAGAAUCCAGCCUUCGUCACGACCCCCCGUCACGAUCGCCCCACGGCGACCCCCACUCCCACCCCGGGGAAAGCCCUCGACCGGUUUCGAUUUCCAGCCCGGCAGUGGAACCAUCGGCGAUGGUUCCAUGCCUAGCGCCACUGAAAUGCCCGCAGACGAUUUCUUCUGUCCGAGCGAGGGAUUUUUCCGUGAUGUGAGCAACUGUCGAAUUUUUCAUCGAUGUGUUCGAUCAGACAAUCCGCGUCGUCCGCUCGUGGCGCACACGUUCAAGUGUCGAGAGGGACUAGUUUUUGACGAUCUGAUAAAGAAUUGUAACUUCGAAGACGCGGUUCCCGAGUGCGGAACCGUCGCGCCGGCUCCGACUCGCCCACCGGUGAUCGAGGGUGCUGCUACCGAACGAGUCGGUCUUCGGAGAACCACUGUAAGACCCUCGAUUCCUAGCAAACCCACUUUCGUAUGGAGGCCCGGCGUGAUUACCGAACCUCCGCGAGUUCAACCUAUCGCGCCGCAGACACCAGUGCUCACUGCCCCUGUCGGGAGUGGAGUCGUCAGAGAAGAUCUCCCGAUCUCAAGUCCGCCCACCUCCCGACCCAGGAAGCCGAUUCCCGAGGAUCACAGCGAGAUUCCGCUGCUACCAAUCGAUCCCCUCGAGGAAACUCCAGAAAUUGUUGUCGCGGAAACUGAUGUGAUUUCCGAUUCGCGGAGCGAAACCGAUGUCCGCGUUGCGAACGCCGUAGAGAUCCCGGUCAGCUUCAAGUGCAACCCGGAGGUCUUCUAUAAGCGCUCGACACGUUUCUGUACGCCCUACUAUCGGUGCACCCGAACAGUCAUCUUGGAUGACGGCAUAAAGCAGCGAGAGAUCACUGACACUUAUCGAUACGCUUGCCCGAAAGGUUUAGUCUUCAAUCGCGAUAUCAGAACUUGCGACUAUCCCAGUCGCGUGACCGAUUGUGACCUCCAGAACCCUCCCGAGGAGUUGGUCGCGCCGGCGAUCGGCAGCAAGAGCUCCAUCGAAUGUCUUCACGAGGGAUAUUUCUCCGAGCCCAGCGACUGUGGGAAAUACUACCGAUGUGUCCAUGUGGGCAAGCGUCGCUUCUUUGCCUACGAGUUCGAAUGUCCCCGUGGAUUUGUCUUCAAUCAGGAUAUCGAGAACUGCGAUUACCCGGAGAACGUUCGUGGAAAGUGUCGGGGAAGGAUCUCGGUCGCGUUCCCGCGUUGCACACUCAGCGAGGAUCUCAUUCCGUCUACGACGGACUGCAAUGCAUUCUAUAGAUGCUGGCGGCACGAGGGCGAGGGCUCGUUGAGAGCGGUCCCUCUUGGUUGUCCGAAGGAAUUGGUUCUAACGGUCGGAGGCGAGAACGGACUCGGGGCUUGCGGUUGGCCCAAGAAAGAGGAUGCUUGUUACCGUGACGAUCGUCACAAGAGGACGAGACGGAUCAGCGAAGAUGUCGGCACAGGUAACGUGUGCCGAGGUGAAGGAUCGUUUAGGGAUCCGGAGGAAUGCGGCAAGUUCGUCCGCUGUGUCCGAGUGCCCUUCAAGUCGAACGUGUUCUCCGUGUACCGGUACUCGUGCCCCAGGGGCACAGUGUACAGUGGACAUGGCCUAGGUUGUCGCAAACCUAACCAGCAUGAUCCUUGCUAUUCUCAUUUUGCUUCGCUUUAUUCUGCUUCGAAACCACUAGUCGCCGCUUCCGCGUACAACCGAGAUAGCUCUACAAGCUCCGACUCGCAGGAAGAAUUACCGUGCAAAUCUCAAGGAUAUAAUCCACACCCGACGAAUUGCAAUGGCUAUUACCACUGUCGCGACGUUGGCGGUUCGGGUCAAGCCUUCAAGGUGACUCAUUUCUCCUGCCGACGAGGAUUGGUGUUCGAUGCCUCUACAGAGACCUGCAAUAUUCCCGAGCGUUCUCGAUCGAUCUGCUUGUCGCGUAACCCCAACUGGGGUUCAUCGUCUUCAGCGUCGGCGGAGCAGCUGAUCCAAGAACAACAACACCGAGAACAGCAACAACGGGAGCAGCAGAUCCGCGAGCAAGAGCAGCGAGAACAAAAAAUCCACGAGCAGCAUCGCUUAGAGCAAGAGAUCCGCGAGCAGAAACAACGCGAACAGCAAGAGCGCGAAAAGCGCAUCCAUGAACAACACCAGCGUGAACAAGAGAUCCGAGAGCAGCAACAGCGCGAGCAACAGAUUCGAGAACAGCACGAGCGCCAACAACGGAUCCGUGAACAGCACCAACGCGAGCAAGAGCUCCGCGAGCAGCAAAUCCGUGAGCAGCAACAGAAGGAAGAGCAAUUACGGGAGCAGCAGCGCAGAGAGGAAGAGCUUCAUAGACAGAAAAUGCGAGAACAGCAGAUCCGCGAACAAGAACUCGAAGAGCAACGCAUUCGAGAGAAGCAUCAAAGAGAACAAGAGCAAAAAGAGAUUCUCGAACAACAGAUCAGGGAACAGCAAAUUCGGGAGCAGCAGGAGAAAGAGCGUAAAGAACGCGAGGAGCAGCGGAGGCAGCAUGAAAUUCAUGAGCAACAUCAAAGGGAACAGAGAAUCCGCGAGCAGCAGCAGAAAGAACAAGAGCUUCGCGAGCAGAAGGAGAAAGAGCAGAGAUUGAAAGAACAACAGCUUCAAAUUCAACAACAAAUAUCAACUCAACAACAAAUACAAUCUCAGAAUGAGACUGAAAUCCAAUCACAGGACAAGACUCAAAUCACACAUCAGGUCGAGGUACAGCAGCAGACGCACAUUCCACCACCGGUGGUCAUCAAAAGGCCCGAUUCUAGAGGAAGCUUCAAUUGUCCGCAUGAUGGACUUUAUGGACAUCCGACCGAUUGCUCUAAAUUCUAUCGUUGUCUCCGAGACCACUCCGGGCUCACCGCAUUCGUUUUCGACUGUCCCGGAAAUAGGGUCUGGGAUGAAUCGCGACUCAUGUGCGAUGUCGCCUCAAAUGUUUCUAUACCGUGUGGCACGUUGGUUCGUCCCACUGGACUGGAGAAGAAACCUACCCCACAGCCUUCGGGACCACAGCCUUCGUCGAAGCCGUCCACCCCGCAACAUCCCCCAACCCUGUCUGACGAUCCUGAAAUACCAGAGCAUCCACAUCAUGAUGGAAACUGCGAGCAGGGCGUUUCGGGCGGAAACGAUUCAACUGCUAUCCCCUUGACCUGCACCAAGGAGGGUCUGUUUCGGAAUCCGAACAACUGUCAUCGAUUUUUCCGUUGCAUUCUGUCCACGGACACGCAAACUUUCCAGGUCACUCAAUUGAAUUGUCCCGAAAAAUUGGUUUUCGAUGAGCGUAUCAGCGCCUGCAACUGGGCAGACCGGGCUCCACCCUGUGGAAAACCGGGGAAUCAAAGCAAUCAAUUGAAACCGAGCGGGAACGAAAAAGAUCACUCUGGACAACAGCAAAACAAUAUUCAGCAGCAAGACUCGAAUCUCGGCCGGAAUAACACUCUUGAGAUCGGUCAGCAGAGACCGAAGGAUCAAAACCAGCAACAGCAGGGGUUGAACCAAGAAGAUCGAAACAUAGCGGAGAACAAAGACAAGAUUGGCUCUGGCACUCAAGUGCAAGUUCAAGAGCAGAUCCACGUAGGCUCAGGAAACCAGGGACAGAACCAACAGGGUGUCCACCAGCAAGUCGUGGUCAAUCAGCAGGUGACUGAGAAUCAAGGCUCAAAAGAUUCCCAGGGUCAGGGACAGAACCAAGAGACUUCGGUCGACGUGCAUCAGCAGAAUAAUGGAACCCAACAACAAGACCAUGAUCGACAAAAAAAUCAGAUCGAGCAGCAAAUUCAAACUCAGCAACAAAUUCAAGACCAGCAGCAGAUUCAAACCCAGCAGCAGAUUCAGACCCAGCAACAAAUCCAAACUCAGCAGCAGAUUCAGACCCAGCAACAAAUCCAAACUCAGCAAGGAAGUCAGAUACAGCAACAAAAUCAGACACAGCAAGGAAACCAAAUUCAGCAACAAAAUCAGACACAGCAAGGAAACCAAAUUCAGCAACAAGAUCAGGUCCAACAACAAAACAAAGAACAAUCGAAGCAAGAUGCCGAACAGAACGAGCUGCUGAGCUAUGGCCAAUCGGAGUCAGAGGAUUUCGUGUGCUCGAAGCCCGGAUCCUUCGCUCAUCCGAAAAAUUGUAGUCAGUUCGUUCGGUGCUUCGCUCGCGGUGACGGGAGUUUCAAGAAAGCGAUACUAAACUGUACUACGGGAACGAUCUUUGAUGCCAAAGUCUCAUACUGUGUGAAAGACCAGGGUCAAUGCGAAAUCACAAAGUCCUCAUCGCGCUCUACGCCCACUGCUCGUCCGCCUGUCGUACUGCCGUGGCCAAGCUCGCGGCCGGGUUCUCCAGAUCCUGCGGAAGCGCUUGCGGAGCCAGCAGAAGCUCCUCCUAAAAUCUCGGGAUCCGUGAAUCUGACUCGAACAGCGGCAUCGGAAGAGAAUAGCAUGACCUUCUUGAUGGGAGACAGCGUUACCCCGGCGGCUCGGGAAGCCUCGACCGCCGAAGACGAGAAAUCAGUUUCAACGGAGUCCGGUCUCGAGGAAGUUGCAGCGACCUCGACCAUCUCGCCAACAGAGGCGGUCCUCGAAGAAGCCUCGACGACCUCAGCAUUCUCGCCCACAGAUGCCCCGCAAUCUGUGACAGAGCCCGAAUCAGCAACGGUUGUAGAUGGCCAAACUAUCUCACCGGUAACCCUGCCAUCGGAAAUGAAUCAAUCACCGGACUAUAAUUCAACAGACAUUCAAGCCAUCGACACCACGGAAUUCUUCACGGAAAUUCAGGAGCCCACAGUGACGGGGGUACCGGAACAAACAACUGAAUCUCUUAAAUCUAGUUUUAACACUAAUCAAACCACCUUGCCAGAGCCUGGAGCUGGCGGUUUUGUGGACGGGGGAAUAGCCCCUCCGCCUCACGCCGACACGCCUUGGAAUUCGCCAUCCUCCCCGCCUCUGUCUCCGAAUGAGUUGCCGUCAAACCGCCCUGGUUCAUAUCCCGGGGAGACCGGAGUCGAAAUCGUUCCGCCGUCCGCCAGGCCCUGUACUGGCGACUGCAAUCUCCAGUGCUCAGGGCCCGGUUUCUUCCGACAUCCGCAGGAUUGCUCCCGUUUCAUCCGUUGUGUUGAUUUCGAAGAAAAUCCGGGGAAAUUCCAGGUUUACGAGUUCGAUUGCCCCGCUGGACUAGUGUUCGACGAAUUAGCUUCUACCUGCAAUUGGCCCGAGCAGACAGCGCCAUGUGCAACAGGCGGCCCGAAACCACUGCCGGCCCCCAGCAGUGGAUCGGAUUCUGAGGGCUCGGAUUAUGACGGAGGAAACGAUCACGGAGGUCAGGGACGCUUCGGAAAAUCUCAGGGCUCCGGCGGUGGCUUCUUCCCCGGAACCGGACACCAACCAGGUCGUGAUCAUGGAAGUUUCCCCGGACAACGGGAUUCACAAUCACAGUCUGGCGGAGCAGGGCCUCUGUCUGGAGGUGAAUCUGGAGGUCAAUGCAAUCCUUGCACUUCAGCCGGAUUCUUCCGACAUCCGAGCAGCUGUGAGAAAUUCAUCCGUUGUGUCGAUUUCUUCAAUAACGGGCAAUACACUGUUUUCAACUUCGACUGUCCGGCUGGAUUAGUUUUCGACGAGCGUUACAACGUCUGUAAUUGGCCGCAUGAGGCGCCCCCUUGCGAGAGCAUGGCUUCCGGAAACGAUUGCUCCCCUCGACCGGCCCAGAGUCCCAACAACCGAACGGGUGGCAGCCAUCCGGGCCACAAGAGCAGCCUCAACAAGGGGGUUGGCAGCCCCAGCAACCGGGUAGACCUCAGAGGGGCGGUCGACAGCCGCACGGACCUUCUGAUCUUCAGGAACCUACCGGACCGGAAGGACCCUCUCAACCGCACCGAGGCGGUUUGCAGCCUCAGGGCCCUCCGCCUGGCCAACGACAGCCGGCGGAUCCGCAGACGAACAGCUGGCAACCCCAAGAACCUCCCAAGCCGGAGCCCCAGCAAGGGGGAGGACAGCCCCAGCAAGGGGGCUGGCAGCCAUCUCAACCCCAGAGAGGUGGGCGGCAGCCCCAGCAACCAUCCCAGCCCGAACAAGGUGGAUGGCAGCCGCAGCAACCGUGCACCUCAAAAUGGAGGAUGGCAACCCCAACAACCUUCGAGACCUCAAAAUGGAGGGUGGCUACCCCAACAACCUUCGGGACCUCAAAAUGGAGGGUGGCAACCCCAACAACCUUCGGGACCUCAAAAUGGAGGGUGGCAACCCCAACAACCCUCGCAACAGCAACAACAACAAGGCGGAGGAUGGCAGCCACAGCAACCUUCGGGACCCCAGGACGGAGGAUGGCAACCCCAGCAGAGACCCUCCCCGCAAAGUCAAACGGCGGUCGGACCGCCAGCCACGAGGAAUUCUGGCGGAUGCAACGUUCAGUGCUCUUCGACAGGUUUCUUCCGUAAUCCGUCGAAUUGCCACAAGUUCUACCGAUGCGUGGACUUCUACCAGAACGGUCAGUACACCGUGUUCCACUUUGACUGUCCAGGAGGACUCGUGUUCGACGAGCGAAUUUCCGUUUGUAACUGGCCUCAGAACUCUCCGCCCUGUGACAACGCGGGAGGAGGCGGUGGCAGCUGCGGCUCGGCGUCCGCGCCGCCCAUCGAAGAUUCGAGCCAGGGAUCGCCCGACGGUCAACAAACACCUCCUGGACCAGCCCGGGACAAUCAAGGCUCUCAGCAGCCCUCAGGACCGCAAGGUCCCGCCGGACCGCCCGCUCAGAGCUCACAGCAAGCCGCCCCGCCGUCACAAGCGAAUUGUCCGUCCGCUGGAUUCUUCCGAAACCCACAGAACUGCAACAAAUUCUACCGAUGCGUCGAUUUCUGGGGAAACGGAGACUAUACCGUUUUCCACUUCGACUGUCCCGGCGGUCUAGUGUUCGACGAACGAAUCUCCGUCUGCAAUUGGCCGGAUCAAGCUCCUCCUUGCGAUUCUGGUCCAUCGGCUCGACGACCGCCGCUCCCGCCGCCUGAGGGUCCAGCCACGACUGAAGCUCCUGAACAAGCGCCAACGGGUGAAACCGACGCCUCGACCGAGUCCAGCACCGAGAUGUCGACCGAAAUGUCGACGGAGUCUUCGACCGAGAUGAUGUCGACGACCGAAUCGGACACCUCGACGACGAGACAGGGCAAGAAACUCGAUUCAAGGAAGAAGAAACAAAAGCGAAUAAAAUGUCCAGGAAACGCGAAUUACGAAGUUCCCGGAGACUGCACGAAGUUCUACCGCUGCGGGAAAGUCGGGCCGGGCAAGCGUGCUCAGCUGUUCCAAUGCAUGGACGGCUAUGUGUUCGAUGAGAAGAUCCAGUUCUGUAAGAAGAAGCCCGCCGACUUCAAGUGUAUGAGCAAAAUGACCGAUGAGAUGAAAGAAAUGAUGGAGGAAAUGGGAAGAGCGGAAAUGGCUCCACCGGAGAUGUAUUUGGAUGAGAAUUGA